AAAUCAACGGUCGUGAAAAUCGAGCAAAGCUCCGUGUGAAAAACGCAGAAAAUUCGUCGAACGAAAUUGAUAUCGAGCGUUAAGCUGGCUUAAAGCGGAAAUCAAAGAAAGAAAAAAUUCAGUGAUUUUCCAAAGAGCGCGCGAGUGUGUGUAUCUGUGUGAAAAGUCCGCUUGAAAGUAGCCUGGAAUUUUAAAUCCCACAGCCAAGACAAACUUUGACGGUAACCACGGACACUACGCCAGGGCAAUCCGCACGUUGAUGGCUGCCACCAAAAUCAUCGAUGCGCCGCGCAACGGCCACGAGAUGGCUCCACUGAACACACGGGCACGUGGCGAUGGUACCCAUGGUGUGACCAUCGUUCUUACUGCCCCCCAGCGUAACUCCGUGCAAUCGGUGGAUAUUCCUGGCAAUGAGCCGGAACGUGCCGCCUGGAGCGGCAAGAUGCAGUUCUUCCUCAGCAUUAUUGGCUAUUCGGUGGGGCUGGGCAAUAUCUGGCGGUUUCCCUACCUGUGUCAGCAGAAUGGAGGAGGCGCCUUUCUGAUACCCUUUAUGGUCAUGUUGAUACUGGAGGGCAUUCCGUUGUUCCUCAUAGAACUGGGAAUCGGUCAGAGAAUGAGAUUGGGUGCCUUGGGUGUAUGGAACACCAUCCAUCCCUGGUUGGGUGGAAUCGGAAUCUCGUCGUGCAUAGUUACGCUGUUCGUGGCUCUGUACUACAACGUGAUAAUCACGUGGGUGUUCUUCUACCUCUUCAAUAGUUUUCGGUAUCCGCUGCCUUGGUCGUCCUGUCCAUUGAAUGGUACAGGAUUUGAGCUAGAGGAGUGCGCCAAAUCUUCGGAGACGACGUACUUCUGGUACCGCACCACCUUGGAUGCAGCACCGUCCAUGGAUGAACCAGGUGGCCUUAAGUGGUGGAUUGUGCUCUGCCUAAUGCUGUCCUGGACCAUUGUCUUCUUCAUCGUUAUGAAGGGUAUCCAGAGUUCCGGCAAAGUGGUCUACUUCACCUCGCUGUUCCCCUACAUUGUCCUGACCAUCUUCUUUAUUCGCGGCAUCACGUUGAGAGGAGCAGGAGCUGGGCUGAUGCACAUGUAUACGCCGAAGGUGGAAAAGUUACUAGAACCAACAGUUUGGCUGGACGCAGCCACGCAGGUCUUCUAUUCCUUUGGCCUGGCCUUCGGGUCGUUAAUAGCGUUUGGUAGUUAUAAUACGCCCAAAAACAACUGCGUGAGGGAUGUGCUCCUGGUGUCUGUUUGUAAUGCCGUUACGGCCAUUUAUGCCAGUGUGGUCAUCUUUGCCAUAUUGGGCUUCAAGGCCACCGUAAAUGUUGACCGGUGUAUUGCCAGUAACACGGAAAUCCUGGUGAAGAACAAGCUGCUGGGCUUAAAUGACACUCAGGGUUAUCAGCAUGCCAUGAGUCUGCUGAAUGACACUGAGCUAACUAGACUGCAAUUGAGCGAAUGCAGUUUGGCCCAUGAACUGGAUAAUGCCGCCGAGGGCACUGGCCUGGCCUUCAUCGUCUUUACCCAGGCCAUUGUUGAACUGCCAGGAGCUCCUUUCUGGGCCGUACUCUUCUUCACCAUGCUGCUAUCGCUGGGAUUGGGCUCACAGAUCGGCAUCCUGGAGGGCAUGCUGUGCACCCUAUUCGACAUUGACAUUAUCAAGCGGGUUAAGAAACAGCAUGUCACUGGCGUGGUGUGUCUCUUCUGCUUCAUUGUCGGUUUCAUCUUCUGCACAGGUGCCGGGGAGUACUGGCUCAAGAUGUUCGACUCUUUUGCCGGCACUAUUGGUCUUGUCGUGGUGGCCUUGAUGGAGAUGAUAGCUGUGAUCUUUAUCUACGGACAUGAGCGCUUCACUGAGGAUAUAUACCAGAUGACUGGCUACCGACCUGGUCGUUACUGGCAAUGGACUUGGCGGUACAUUGGCCCCGUCAUCAUGGUCUGUAUCUUGGUUUCGUCAGUGGUCUUCAUGGUCAUCAGGAAUCCCACUUAUGGUGCUUGGAAUGCUGAUUUGGGUAUGAUUGAGCAGAAGAGCUACCCCAACUGGGUGAUGGCCAUUGCCUUGUCCAUGAUCCUGGCCGGCGUCCUGCCCAUGCCCAUCGUGUUCCUUAUGCGUAGCUUCCAGUGCCUCAAAGUGGAUCUGGAUAUCCACCAAGGAUCAAUCCGUCGUAACGAAACAACAGCCUCCACCAAGGAGAUGAUCGACAACGAUGAUGAUGACGACGAGGACGAUGAGAACGACUUCAGUGGUCCGGCGUUGGGUGGUCAUGUGAAGACCCAGAGCGAUUUCUCCGAUGACGAGGAGGAGGACAAGCCCAUGACCAUGCGGAUGAUGAUGAUGCGUCCGACAACAACAACCAAGACAUCGAACGUGCUAAAUGUGCCAACAAGCAGAAAGAACAACUACAAGAAGGAUGCGUACGAUGUCUAGAAGAGCCACUAACCAACCUCACUCACAGAUACAUAGAUACCGAUAAAGAUACAGAUACAGAUACAGAUACAGAGACAGAUACAGGUAGAGGUCCAGGUACAAGUCCAGAUACAGAUACAGGUCCAGGUCCAGAUGUGAACCGAAACGAAAUGGCAAGUGAAAUACUAAUUUAUCGGAGACGAGCGGUAAGACAGAGUGCGCGUUAAGCUGAGCGCAAAAACAUUUAUAAAUAUUUACUAUAAGUAUUUUAACAUAAUUUAAAUCUAAACUAAGUAAUUACCAGAAUAAACAGCCCAAGAAUUGCAUUCGAGUGCGUAACUAAAAUUGUUAAAUCGUAUUUUAACACAAACUGAACUCAACCCCGACAAAAACAAAAGAUAAACUAAACUAAAAUCUAACAAACUAUGUAUGAGUACAAUGUGCCGCAGGAUGAUAGGUAUUAUCUAAAAACGGGUUGCUAAAGAUCUUAAUUCGAUUAUGUAGCAUUUAGUUGGAAUGCUUAAAGCUUUACCAUUAGACACUUGAGCACACAAAAACUGAAAGUAUUUCUGAAACCCCGAAAACCGCAAUCCAUGAAAAUCCUUCACAACCACCCGCCACAUCCCAGAGGAAAAUGAAACUCUUCAAUGGCAAACGCUUAAUAGUCGACUUUUAGCCAGCGCAUUUCCAAAGAGUUAAACUCAACAUUUAGUUUUAGUAUCUAGAUUCUGCCGUUUUUAUUUUGACCUCAAGUAGAGCUCAGACGACCCUUAAUUAAAUAAAUUAAAUAAGUAAUCUUAAAGAAGUUACACACUUUAAAAUUACUUCAAACUGGUUAAGAGCGUUGAGACACAAUAUUAACACUUCGAGUUCUAGUUGAGUUACACAAAUACCUAUACUUACUAUAUUGAUUAGAGAAAAGAUACAUGGAAUGUGUGAUAUUCUAAAUAAUAUCCUCGAUGUUUAGGUGUUAAGACUUGUCACCCUUAUCCCUUAACCCUUAACACACUCACCCAAUCUCAUUCCCGCCCCCAUUGAAAACCACUCAAGAGUAUUUUCCCCACACUGACAGAGCUAAAACAAAGAAAAACAAAAACAUGAAAAAUAAACUGCUGUGAAUAGUUUUAGUGGUUGUAAAGUUCUAUCGAAGAAGGGAAACCAUAAAGCGUCUAAUAUUUAACUAGUUAUUAAGCGGCACUCCAUUUAUUCACAACUUGAGUUCACUCCACAGGAUAUUCCCUGUACUACCCAUAUCCAAUUCCAAUUCGGUUUCCACAAAAUGGUUCUCAUACAAUCCCCCUCCAAACUUUCGCUUAUUUCGGUAAGGCAAUCGCAACACAGAUUUUUGAAAACUGAAAACUGAAAAAAAAAACUGACAAAACUGAAUCAAAACACAUGGAAUUUCGAAGUACUCAAAGGAAGGGACGGCAGAACGUUGAAGACAAUAAGACAUAUAUAGAAAUAUACUUAUGAUAUGGCCCGUCGAGUUUAGAGAGAUUUGUAGUCACCGACGCGGUAGAUUUCCCCAUAGCAGAGCAGGAAUUUUGUCCACUUUUAACCAUUAUUUUUGGGAGAUUUGUAUCCAUUUUGUACACCGCCAAUCAAACUAGAACAGUUCCGAUCUCGGAUCCGUUUCAGCCAGCAGAUUUAUACGUACGUUUACAUGACCGUAAAGUAAGAGGCCACCUCACCAGAUUAAUUAGUUGUCCCCAACUCCCCCACCUUAUCCAUUAAAGUCGUAUCCUCGCAAUGCAAACGCAACCGAAACCGAAACCAAAAAUGAAGAAACAUACAUAGUACCAAGCCUAAUUGUAUAGUUUACUUGUUUACGCCACUAUAUAUACGAGCAUUAAAUCUAUAUAUAUAUAUACAGUACAUAUUAAUCUAUAUACCUAGCUCUACUAUAAAUAUUGUAUAUCAAUUAUUGUCGUAGUGCUAAAGACCCGGACUCGUGUAAAUUUGAAUGUAUUAAAACAAAACACAGAAACACUGCAAGGAGAUGAAUACUUAUAUGAAAAAUUAUUGUACCGUACGCAAGAAAUUAUUAUUAAUAAAGAUAUUUCAUGAUUAGUGCGUUAAGUUGAAGAAGAGCAAAAAGGAA